CUUCGUGUUAUGAUGCAAAAAAAAAGGGUUAAUUAUAACCUUACGAUUAGAAGCUCUCUUAUUUUUAAACCACUCCGGAUCUCAUUACAAGAUAUUACUAUUGUAUAAGUGAAACUGCAUGUAAGAUACAAAAAUGGUGUUUUCUGAAGGGACAGAAGUACUUGCUAGACUUCCAAAUACAGAUGAAUUUAUUAAGGGUAAGAUAUUGAGUAUAAGGGGUGAUUCUUAUAAAGUACAAUUUGAAACAGGAAAUGAACGUAUGGUUCAUUCAAAUGAUGUUAAGAUCAGUAGACCAUCUAGAUCCACAGUAAGACAAAGUGCUGCUACCAAAAAAAGUCCAACUCGAGCAUAUAAAAGAUCUCCAGGUAAACGUUCACCUGGAAGACCUCCAUCUUCUAAUAAAUCAGUGACAACACGAAGUACAAAACUUGCGAGAAUCUCAUUGUCACGAAUAGAAGUAUCUGAUGAUUUGACUAAAAAUGAUAAUACCACGAAUAAGAAGGACACAGGAAAGUUUGACUAUACUGUUGAAUCGGUACCUCUACAAUCUAGAUUAAGAGAAUUGGGAACAGUUACACGUAGAUCAACAAGGCUCUUCUCUGGUACACUAAAACCUGAGUCAGACCAUCAAAUGGUUAUGUUAACAAGAAAUAUUAACAGAGCUGUCUCACUUCCUUUAGAAAGGAAAAGUCAGUUGCACGAUUUUAAUGUAAUUGAUGGGAAAGAAAGAAGUUAUUCAAUACAAAGAGAUCAUGAUUUGCUGAAGAUAGCAAAUUAUGAGGAAGACGUUGUUCCGAAUACAAAGGUAAUUGAAAAGCGGGAAAAAGAAAUAAGCAUUAUCAGUGAACCACAAGAAUGGGGAGGGUGGAUUGGUACCCUCAUUCUAAUAUUUGCGUUACCUUUAAGUACAAUUUUACCGCAACUUAUGUGCACAAAAAAUCAGUGUUCAUUUGGAUACUUUAAUAUAAGUACAGAUCUGAAUUCAUACGUAAAUUUGGAAGCUCUUACCGCAUAUUUGGGACUUUUGCUUUUUGUAUCUAUGAUUUCAAUCAUUCCAAUCGGGCGUAAAGUGGACGGACAACAAAGUAGAAGUGGAAGAUUACAGUAUCGUUUGAAUGGAUUUUUGUGCGCGCUCUUAUCGUUACUUGUGUUUAGCACGUGUAUAUGUAACGAUAUAAAAGUUGCCGAUUUCAUUAUAGAAAAGUGCGUACAGUUUUCAAUUAGUGGCUGGAUUCUUGGAACAGUUUUAUCAGCGUUAAUAUAUAUAAAGAGUGACAGAGCUCCGAUAGCUAAUCUUAAUAUACACGGAUCGACAAAUAGUAUAAUUUACAACUUUUGGCAAGGAAGAGAAAUAAAUCCUAGAAUCGGUCUUAUAGAUCUAAAGUUGUGUUUCAUUCGUACAUCUCUGAUAACUAUGAUUCUUGUCAAUUUAUCUAUUGCAUUCAAAACGACUGAGGGGAUUGAAAGUUAUGAUUUGGAACACUUUAAUGUUAAUGUAUUUGUAACUUGUUCAUUACAAAUAUUAUAUGCAAUGGAUGCAUUGUUCUUUGAAUCUGCAUUUUUAACAACUUUUGAAGUAAUGUAUGAAGGAACAGGUUACAUGUUAUGUACUGGAUAUUUACUAUUUCCAUUCUUACCGACUCUCACAACAAAAUACAUGUUUUACCAUAGAGCAAGGCUGGUUUACUGGAAUAUUCUUCCUGUACUCACUUUUAUAAUCGGAUACUUAUUAUAUAGAAUCAGUAACUUGCAAAAAAAUGAAUUCAGAAGGAAUCCUUUAUCUCCAUCUGUGGCACAUCUAGAAACUAUACCAACGAUUCGUGGUAAGAAGCUUAUAGUGUCGGGCUUAUGGGGUCAUGUGAGACACCCAAAUUACUUGGGUGACAUAAUCAUGUGGUGGUCAAUCUCAUGUACAAGUUUGGCAUGUGAUAUUUUGCCUUAUUAUUAUGCGAUUUUAUGUACAGCAUUAUUAAUACAUAGAGCGAUGAGGGACAAUGAACGCUGUAAAAUGCGCUAUGGUUUAGCUUGGGAGCAGUAUAUAUCACGUGUAAAGUACAUGAUUCUAUAUCGUAUAUUAUAAAGUAUAAUUACAGUAAUAGUAAGGUAUUUUUAGAUACCAAAAUGUGUCACAAAACUGUACCUUUAAAACAGCAAUGCUCAUUAUUUUAUAGAAUGAAAUAUUUUAAAUGCGUACAUUGUAGUAUUAAAAUGAUGUUGAAUAUAUGUAUAACACCAAAAUAAUGUAUAGGGUCCAAAUUUGGAACAAAUUUGAUAACCAAAAAGAACUAUUAUGACAUUUUGCAUGAGAUUUAAACAUCCGUUUGAUUUUGUAAAAUUAUUAAAGCAAGAGGCAAAGUGCUAUUAUUUAAAAAAAAAAAGGUUAGCAUCUAUAUAGUUAAUUUAAAGAAAAGUGUAUAGUAAUACAUUGUUGACAUGAAUACAUGUAAUGUAAAAUAUACUUCCAUGAUAAAUACAACAAGGAUUUUUAUACUUUUA